UCCCUCUUCCUUCAUUCCUCGUUCCUGUCUCUGUUUGUUUAAGGGCAGUGUGGGAAGUGUGUGCGCUGUUCAGAGUGAGAGUCAGUCUUACGACCAUGUUUUUCCUGACUCCAGUCCUGGUAGCAGUUGUCUGCAUUUUGAUCGUGUGGAUCUUUAAGAAUGGUGAUGGCAGCAGCAAGAGACGGAAGGGGGAGCCCAGAGCCAGGGCCGAGGUUCGUCCCUGGGUGGAUGAGGACCUAAAAGACAAUACUGAUCUCCACCAAGGGGAAGAAGCUGCCAAUGACUGGCAAGAGUCAGAGGAAGACGUCGAACAUAUUCCAUUCUCCCACACCCGGUAUCCUGAGAAGGAAAUGGUGAAGAGGUCCCAGGAAUUUUAUGCACUUCUCAGUAAAAGACGGUCUGUGAGAUUCAUAAGUAAUGAGCAAGUCCCCAUGGAAGUCAUUGAUAAUGUCAUCAAAACAGCAGGAACUGCCCCAAGUGGGGCCCACACGGAGCCCUGGACCUUUGUGGUUGUGAAGGACCCGGACGUGAAACAUAAGAUUCGGGAGAUCAUCGAGGAGGAGGAAGAAAUAAACUACUUGAAAAGGAUGGGACGCCAAUGGGUUACAGACCUGAAGAAACUAAGAACCAAUUGGGUUAAGGAGUACUUGGACGCAGCACCUGUUUUGAUUCUGAUUUUCAAACAAGUACAUGGCGUUGCUGCAAAUGGCAAAAGAAAGGUCCACUACUACAAUGAGAUCAGUGUUUCCAUUGCUUGUGGCCUCCUCCUGGCUGCUCUUCAGAAUGUGGGACUGGUGACUGUCACCACCACACCUCUCAACUGUGGUCCCCGUCUGAGGGUGCUCCUGGGCCGCCCCACAAACGAAAAGCUGCUGAUGCUCCUCCCUGUGGGAUACGCCAGCAAAGAGGCCACGGUGCCCAACCUAACGCGGAAGCCUGUGGAUCACAUCAGGGUGACCGUGUAGGCGGGAGCCCAUCUGGGAUGCGGGCAGACGACGGCCUGGUCCUCUCUUGUCCCUCUUGGGUCUGCGGGCUGCCCUUCCCACGGGUGUUAGGUCUCCCCAGCACCUCCCUCCGCUCAAGAAACCUUUCCACAGGAGUCUGAGAAGCUC